CACCAAAAUUCCUCCAAGCAACUCAACUCUCAGCCCAGCUCCUGACACCAUGUGCUGUUCCACGAGCUUCUGUGGAUUUCCCAUCUGCUCCACCGGUGGGACCUGUGGCUCCAGCUGCUGCCAGCCAAGCUGCUCCCAGACUAGCUGCUGCCCGUCAACCUGUAGCCAGACCAGCUGCUGCCAGCCACCCUGCAUCCAGACCAGCUGCUGCCCGCCACCCUGCGUCCAGACCAGCUGCUGUCAGCCACCCUGCGUCCAGACCAGCUGCUGCCAGCCAACCUGCGUCCAGACCAGCUGCUGCCAGACCAGUGGCUGUGAGAUUGGCAGUGGCAUUGGCGGUGGCAUUGGCUCUGGCCAGGAGGGUAGCAGUGGAGCUCAGAGCUACCGCAUCAGGUGGUGCCGCCCUGACUGCCGCGUGGAGGGCACCGUCCUGCCACCUUGCUGCGUGGUGAGCUGCACGCCCCCCACCUGCUGCCAGCUGUACCACGCCCAGGCGUCCUGCUGCCGCCCCUCCUACUGUGGGCAGUCCUGCUGCCUGCCAGCCUGCUGCUGCCCGUGCUCUGAGCCCACCUGCUGUGAGCCCACCUGCUAAAAACCAGGUUGCUCAUUUUCAGUUGCCCAGGAUGCAGUAUCUCUGAACAAUUUAUUCCCUUAACCACCUAAGGAACACUAACAAAUUCUUAGACUUCCGUUUUGGUUUUUGUUAUGGGAGCUACCAAGUGCAUGAGUUCUCUUUGAUUCCACUCUGCAAUGAAUAUCUUGACUCUCCACUGUGGACACAGAAAUGCUGCAGACUCACCUGCUGACCAGUAAAU